GCGGCCCUAUUACACACACUGCAGCUGUGCCGAAGCUGGUUUGCUGUCUUUGAUUUAGCAGGAUUAUAAAAAGAAGGUUUUGAAUAGGUCAUGUCUCUGGAAGAGCCUUCCAGAGACCACCGGGGGAGGGGCGGUUACCCAGCCGCCUCCAGCUCUGUCCUCUCUGGGAGGGAGCUCUGACUCCGGAGAAUUCGAACCCAGCCAAUCCAUGUGGCCGGUCACCCUCCUGCCUUCCACCCUCGCCUGAUUCGGGCAGCACGGGGUGAAGAUUGCUUCCAGUUGGCUGGCUUCCAGGUUGCGCAUGCUUGGAUGGCAACCUGCUCUCAGAGCAGCCCAUGGCAGAGGAGUCCAUGUGGAACAUUGACCCCGGCCCCCGCGGCCAGGGCAGUCUGGCCAAGGUGAUGAAGAUUCUGGCCCCGUUAUGCCCACUGUGGAUGAUAUCCUGGAGCAGGUCGGCGAGUUUGGCCGAUUCCAGAAGCAAACCUUCCUGGCCCUAUGCCUGCUCUCAGCUGCCUUCGCCCCCAUCUACGUGGGCGUCGUCUUCCUGGCCUUCACCCCGGAUCACCGGUGCCGGAGCCCCGGGGCGGCCGAGCUGAGCCGGCGAUGCGGCUGGAGCCUGGCAGAGGAGCUCAACUACACGGUGCCCGGCGCGGGGGCCGCCGGCGAGGCCUUCCCCCGCCAGUGCCGCGGCUACGAGGUGGACUGGAACCAGAGCGCCCUGGGCUGCGUGGAGCCACUGGCCGGCCUGGCCGCCAACAGGAGCCACCUGCCGCUGGGGCCCUGUCGGCACGGCUGGGUGUACGACACGCCCGGCUCGUCCAUCGUGACCGAGUUUAAUCUGGUGUGUGACGACUCUUGGAAGGUCGACCUCUUCCAGUCCUGCGUGAACCUGGGCUUCUUCCUGGGCUCUCUGGGCGUCGGCUACAUCGCAGACAGGUUUGGCCGAAAAUUAUGUCUCCUGGCCACCACCCUCAUGAGCACCGUCUUGGGCGUCCUCAUGGCCGUGGCGCCAGACUACACGUCUCUGCUGCUCUUCCGCCUGCUGCAGGGGCUGGUCAGCAAGGGCAGCUGGACGUCUGGCUACAUCCUGAUCACAGAGUUCGUGGGCUUGGGCUACAGGCGAACGGUGGCAGUCCUCUACCAGACGGCCUUCACGGGGGGGCUCGUGCUGCUCUCGGGGGUGGCCUACGCCAUCCCUCACUGGCGCUGGCUCCAGCUGGCCAUCUCUCUGCCCACCUUCCUCUUCCUGCUCUACUACUGGUGUGUGCCCGAGUCCCCCCGAUGGCUGCUGUCGCAGAAGAGAAACGCUCAAGUGGUAAAGAUACUGGACCACAUCGCCCAAAAGAACGGGAAAUUGCCUCUCACAGAUCUAAAGGUGCUCUUUCUCAAAGAGGAUGUCACCGAAAAGCUGAAGCCCUCCUUUGCGGACCUGUUCGUCACGCCACAGCUGAGGAAGCACACGUUCAUUCUGAUGUAUCUGUGGUUCGCCAGCUCCAUGCUCUACCAGGGCCUCAUCAUGCACGUGGGGGCCACCGGGGGGAACCUCUACCUGGAUUUCUUUUACUCAGCUCUGGUUGAAUUCCCGGCGGCCUUCAUCAUCCUUGCCACCAUUGACCGCUUUGGCCUCAUCCGCCCGUUGGCCACGUCCAAUCUGAUGGCGGGGGUGGCCUGUUUCGCCAUGAUCUUUAUCUCACAUGAUCUACGCUGGCUAAACAUCACCGUGGCUUGUGUCGGCCGAAUGGGAAUCACCAUCGUGUUCCAGAUGGUGUGCCUGGUGAGCGCCGAGCUGUACCCCACAUUCAUCAGGAACCUUGGAGUGAUGGUGUGUUCCUCCCUGUGCGAUUUGGGUGGGGUCAUCACCCCCUUCGUGGUCUUUAGGCUGAUGGACAUUUGGCAAGGCUUGCCACUCGUUUUGUUCGCGGUGUUGGGCCUGGCUGCCGGAGGAGUGACGCUGCUUCCUGACACCAAAGGGGUCACCUUGCCAGAGACCAUCGAGGAUGCAGAGAACCUCGGGAGGAUGGCAAAACCCAAAGAAAACACGAUUUACCUUCAGAUCCGAGCAUCAGAACGUGCUGGCACCUGAGAGAGACGCUUCACUGAGACUGAGUAGCAAGAGAGGAAGAUGGAUUUUCAUCUGAAGAAAUACACAGAAACCCUGAUUUCUCUGUGCUCUUCCUCACACUCGCCUGUCCCUAAACCAACAUCCUGAAGAACAGCAACUGUGCUUUGUUUUACUUCCUUUCUUUGAAAUCUCCCAAAGCCCUGGCUAUCUUUUAUCUACUUACCUUUCCUAGUGAGAGCUGUUGGUCGUUACCAGUUACUUAAUUAUCUAAAGUAUUUGGAAGAUCCAAUAGAAUUUAAAUAUUGCUGUCAAAGAGGCUUCCGUCACCGGUUUCCUAGAGGAAGUGUUGUCUUAUUCACUCUCUGAACAUAAAGACUCUGUAUUUAAAGUAUCUAUCUUGGCACAAGUAUUUCAGCAUGUAGCCUUCUUGAAGGGCACUUGGUUUUCAAACAUGGCGGCAUUUCCCGCAAACUACACCCGAAUCACGUUGAAUGUGUGAUCCUGCUCUGAAGGCCAGAGUACUGUAAACUUUUUAGGAAGCGGUUUCUGCUGCCUACGCUCCAGGAGUAUCAUAUUCGAUUUCACUCUUGGUUUUCGUUCUUGGUGAUUCUGGAAGGUAAAUUCCUAUGCCAACUGCAAAAUAUUGUAGUAAAUAUAUCAAAAAGAGUUCAGUUUCCUGUGAGUUACGUAGUAACUGGUUCAAGUUCCGGUUGAAGAAGUGAUUUUGUUCAUAGAGUACACCAAACCCUUUAUUUUAAAAUGUCUUUACCUGUGGAAUAAACCAAAGACCACAUAAUAACCAGCCUCCAGAGCACCCUGGGAAACAAAGUUUCUAAUGCGAAGGGGAGGCCUGGUGAAAGACAGGGGGGUGCUGGUGCUAUAAUCACUUCUGGCCUGAGGGCUAAGCUCAGUGACGGUCUCAGGGCCACCAGACCAUGGCGUUUGGGCCUGAGCAGCAUCUGGUCUUCCUUUGAGAAUGGACAUGGGUUACCUGGAGACCGAAGCUUUGUUCUUGACAAAACAAACCCAAAAAACAAAAAACAAAAAAGGAAAGGCCUUGUUUUCUGGAUUGUAUUUUAAAACCCAUCUGGAAACAUGGAGGGGACCAGUGCUCCAUUUCCGUUUUUCCACAGCAAGGUCCUUCCCUGAUACCUUAUCCUUCUGACCGUAACAGAUACACCCUUCACUGGUAGCAAAUACGUAAAUUGCGGGCUUUACAUAGUUUUUUAAAUGUGUAUUAAAAAUGCCCUCUCUG